GCUCCCCCUGGGAGACGCCAUUUUCCGGAGCGCCCCAGCGCGCUCUUAAAGGGGCCGCGCCCCGUGCUGAGGGGCAGCGGGUUCUGGGUCUGCUCCUGAUUCCCGAUCCUUGUUCCCGGUCCCCGGUUUAGAAGAACCGGUGGCUGAGGCUCUUCUGAUCACUACAGCCGUGGGCGGAGCGUGCCGGGGCGGGACUGCACCGGGCCGGUGCGUGUGUGGGCCGAGGCCUCCUUCUAGGGCCGCCCUAACACCAUCGGGUAUCCUCGGCGUGUUUUUAUUCUCUGUAAUCACGUAUAUAUUCCCUUUUUCCACAAUUCAGUGCUGCGGUUGAAUCACUCCGUGGGGAUACCAGGAAGUGAGGGAGAAUUCCUGGAUCUUCUCCAGCACCAGGAGAGUUUCCUGUGGAGUCCUCAGCGAUGGCAGCCGAGGACAGGGAUUACAACCUGACUGAGGAGCAGAAAGCUGUGAAAGCCAAGUACCCCCCUCUCUGCAAAAAAUAUGAAUAUUUGGAUCACACAGCAGACGUGCAGCUCCAUGCCUGGGGAGACACGUUGGAAGAAGCCUUUGAGCAGUGUGCCAUGGCCAUGUUUGGCUACAUGACGGACACGAGCACUGUGGAACCCGUGGGUACAGUGGAGGUAGAGGCAGAAGGGCAUGACCUGUUGUCUCUUCUCUUUCACUUCCUGGAUGAGUGGCUGUAUAAAUUCAGUGCUGAUGAGUUUUUUAUACCCAGGGAAGUGAAAGUGCUUCACAUUGACCGAAUGCAGUUCAAAAUAAGAUCAAUUGGGUGGGGAGAAGAGUUCUCUUUAGACAAACACCCACAGGGCACAGAAGUCAAAGCAAUAACUUACUCAGCAAUGCAGAUCUGUGAAGAUGAAAAGCCGGAAGUCUUUGUCAUCAUUGAUAUUUAAAGUAAGAGUGUGGCUGAGUGGAUAUUGGUCAUCGUCUGGCAAAAACCCCCUGAAACUGUAAUCCCUGUGGAAAAAAUGAAGGAAUUGGCCAGUUAAAAUCAGAAAUUGAACAGAGUAGUUGCAGGGAAUGUCAGACUGUUUUCACUGAGAAUAAGAAGAAUUAAUUGGGGUUUUGGGGGAUAUGGAGAAGGUGACGUUUGUACAGGUUGGAAGUCUCCCAGGAAUGCUGGCAGUCAGCUUCUAAGGCUGAUAUGUGCUAGGAGCUGUAUGAAAUACAGAAAUUGGUGGAGCUGAUAACUAAAAUACUCCAUUUUUGCAGCGUGGCAGGAGAUAAUGUUCAUCUAGAUUGAUUUCAUUUGCAUAUUUCAUGUUCUAGUUCUGAUGAUGAUGAGCUGAUGUUCCUCCUCCGUAUUACAUAAAUCCAAAAUAGCUGCAGUGGCUCAGAUGUAAUGUGGGGAAAAAAAAUCUGAGUGUUUAAAAUUAGACACCUAAAAAAUAAUGCCAAUUAAACCAAAAAACCACCACAUCUUUUAAACCACUUAAAAAAGAAGUCAUGCCACCAGGUGGUGCUGAAUUGCUGUAAAUAAAUUGCCACGUGAAAUCUCAAAGCAUGUGACUGUACCUGGAAUCCUCUUAUCACUUAUGAUAACUAUGAUAAGUUGGCAGUUUUGCUGCUGUGGUAGAAGGGAAUGGAAUGGGAUGUCCCAAGUUCUCCCUGGGUUCACUCCCAACUGUAUCUUGUGAUAACUGAGUGUUUUUUUAAAAGGCAUGGUUUGGAUCAGCCUAAUUGUUUUUUAAAAAGAACAAUACAGACAAUCCCUAAAUGUCAGAGGAUUAUGGACUUGAUUGAAUCAAAAUUAAUAAAAAAUAAUAAAAAGUGUGUUUUUUUAAAAAAAUCACAGGAUGACAAAUGUGCAUUACCUGCUGUUUUAAUUUAAUUUAAACAUGAGGAGCAUAGGCCUGACCUGUUCUGUUAGCAUAAAUGCUCCAAGUGCCUCACUGUGUUGUCUCAUUUUAUAAAGUCAUCUUAAACGGUUUUAUUUCCAUGUUGUAAAGACUGAGGGAUAAAACCCCUCUUAUUUUUUAAGCAAGCCUCAAUGCCAAAAUAAAACUUACAUUGAAACAAUGA